CUCGAGUGGGAAGCUUUUGCAAAUCCUAGUACUAAUUUCAGCAGCAACAGCAGCAGCAAGCAUGGCGAAGCCUGACUGCCACAGCAAGUGUGGAGAUGUAGAAAUUCCAUUCCCGUUUGGCUUCACUGAGGGCUGCUAUCUAGACAAGAGUUUUAACAUCACAUGUGAGUCAUGUGACGACUACUCUAGAAACCCAAUGACAGCAGCUGGUAAUGUCCCUAUAACAAACAUAUCCAUUGACACUCAUCAGAUGCAUGUCAUGAAUUUGGUAGCCCAAGACUGUUACCAACGGGACCGUCGACUUGUUCGCCGGAACACCACCGCGCUCAGGGUGGGGCCUCAGUUCACCAUUUCCGACAAGCACAAUACCUUCACUGUUAUUGGCUGUGACACAAUUGCAUACCUUCGUGGGUACCAAAACGGAGAAGCAUACAGGAUCGGCUGCUCGUCUGAGUGCCCAAGCCUUAGCAACGUGGUGAAUGGGUCUUGCUCUGGCGUUGGGUGUUGCGAGGUUGGGUUUCCUGAUGGACUCAAAGAUAUUACGGUGGAAGUAAAUAGCUUUAAUAAUCACUCCAAAGUAUGGAGCUUCAAUCCCUGCGGAUAUGCUUUUGUUGUUAAGAAAGGCGAGUUCAACUUCUCCGCCGACUAUCUCAAAAAACUACCCAACGAAACGGUUCCGUUGGUGCUUGAUUGGGGAAUUGGCUUUAGUCAUGGAUGCGAAAAAGCCCAGAACCAACGGAAUUACGCAUGUAAGGAGAAUAGUGAAUGCAUUGAUCGUCAAAGAAUCAAGCAAGGGUACUAUUGCAAGUGCAAACAAGGUUACCGAGGGAACCCAUACCUCCAUGGCCAUGGGGGUUGCCAAGACAUUGACGAAUAUGGGGAUCCAAGUUUCAAUAAUUGCACGAACCAGAACCAGUGUUUCAACACAGAAGGAAGUUAUAAAUGUGGUUGUCCCAAGUGGUACCGUGGGGACGGGAGAAAAGAUGGUGAACGUUGUUACCCGGAUUUUGCACUAGCGGUUAAGAUUCCCAUUGGCAUUUGCAUAAGCUUAAUUGCUUUGCUUGGGGGUAGCUCGUGGUUGUACUUAGUACUCAGGAAAAGAAGAUUUAUUAAGCUUAAAGAAAAAUUCUUUCAACAAAAUGGGGGUCUGAUUUUAGAACGGCAUCUCAAAGAACAAGUGGGAUCCACCGAAACAGCCAAAAUCUUUACUAUAGAAGAGCUGAAGAAGGCUACCAAAAACUAUGAUGAGAGUAGGAUCAUUGGCCGAGGAGGCUUUGGUACAGUUUACAAAGGAUUUUUACCAUAUAAUAGAAUUGUUGCCAUUAAGAAGUCCAAGACAAUGGAUCAAAACCAAAUUGACCAAUUCAUUAACGAGGUUGUUUUACUCUCCCAAAUUAACCAUAAGAAUGUUGUCAAACUCUUGGGUUGUUGUUUAGAGACAGAAGUUCCUUUGUUAGUCUAUGAAUUUGUCCCAAAAGGUACACUCUUGAAUUAUAUACAUCAUGAAAGCAGCGGAUCCACCAAACGAUGGGAAACCUAUCUAAAAAUAGCUGCAGAAACAGCGGAUGCACUAUCGUAUCUACAUUCUGCAGCUUCAACACCUAUAAUCCAUAGAGAUGUCAAGUCGUCAAACAUACUACUUGAUGAUAAUUUCACUGCAAAAGUCUCCGACUUUGGAACUUCAAGAUUGCUUCCUCGACAUCGAAAGGAACUAGCUACUGUGAUGCAGGGAACUCUUGGGUACUUAGAUCCCGAAUACUUGCAGACAAACCGAUUGACAGAGAAAAGUGAUGUAUAUAGCUUUGGAGUGGUCCUUGUGGAGAUACUAACAGGAGAUGAUGUGCUUUCAUUCGAUAGGCCAGAGGAGGAGACGAGUUUACCUAUGUAUUUUCUUUCUUUCUUGAAAGAGGAUCAAUUGUUUGAAAUUCUUGAGAACCAUAUUGUUGAAGAAGGAAAUAAAGAGCAGAUCAAAGAAGUCGUUGAACUUGCAGAGAGAUGCUUAAAAGUGAAAGGGGAUGAGAGGCCUAGUAUGAUGGAAGUGGCAAUGAAGUUAGAACGAAUAAGAAAGAUAGACACACAUUCGUGGGUUAAUGCUCAAUCAAAUGUGGAAGAUGCCAAACACCUGCAUAGUGUGACAUCUGACGCUUAUGAAUGCGGUGGAAGUAGCAGUACAACCAUUGGAUAUGAUAGCAUGAAUGACCAUGUAACGUCAGCCUUGGGGGAUGGCAGAUGAAUGUGGCAUACAUACACCCUUUUUUGUUUUUUUUUUUGGGUAAUUCAACUUCUCGUUUUAGUGUCUUAAAGAGAGUUAUGUUUGCUUUAGAGCCUCAACAAAAUGCUCAAUAGAUGGUGAUGACAUACAUAUUCUCUCUACACUAUUCUUCAAGUGUUGAGUAUUCUAUUCUGGUUGAAAGAGCAAUGUUGGUGUUAUUUGGAGUAAUUGUUUUGUUGUAUUCUGCUGUCUUGUACAGCUGCUAGCUGUGGGAUUGUAUAUCUGUUGUUGUUUGGCAAGUGUACUUUGCUUAAAUGUGGAGUGGUAUGUAAGAAAUUUUUCAAUAAA